GCGAUCUCCCUCCCCAGGAACAAACAAACCUCCCCGCUGUAAUCUGAAUGCGUUGGCAUCUUGGGCGGUGACUGAAUGGUCAGAUCUUGAACCAGGGAAGCUUUUCCUGGCUCUAAGAGGACCACAGUCUCCUCCCUUCUCCAGCACCGCUUGCUUUUACACCCCUUCAUCUCUGCAGCCGGGUUGGUAGACCCACGCCCACCUCCCCUGCCGGCACAUGGGCGUCCAGGAUGUCUCCACAGUUCCAGGGUGAGAAGGGGACUCCUGGCCUUUAGUUGGAGCUGCGUGUGCGGGAGGUAGGGAGUGGGAGUCCCCAGUGCUUAGUAAGUAGGCAGGGGUCCGAACCGGUUGGAGGACAGCGCAGGGGCGGAGGCUGCAGUGGGAGCCACCUUCUUUCUCCCCGCGGCUCCACAAAUCGCACCUGGGCGGAGCAAGGGAGUGGGGGAGCCCUGUGCUGCACCUGGGAAGAUCCGGAGCGCAGAGCUGGAGGGCGUGUGGGGAAACGCAGAGCGAGGGGUGUGCUCAUCGGAUGAGGGGAGCCCCAAUUCCCAGACUCCGGGCCCGGGCAGAGGUGGGUCUACGCAAAUUGCAGCCCCCAGGUAGAUCCCUCUGGUUGUUUCAGUUGCUUUGGAGGAUUCAGGAAGGCAAGACUCUUUGGUUCUUUGCACUUCAACAAUCUGGUGUGCAAGACUAAUUGCGGGAGGGGAUCUUGUCUGUUGUUGCAAAGAAGAGGCAGCAUUAUCUUCUUUAGCCUCCUCCCCCCAAAUCCCUCUUUUCCGGGUGGGGAACACACUGGGAUGCAAAGGCUGGGAAGCACCUCACUUAACCCUUCUCUCCCUCUAGAGGUGCACGCCCCUCUCCAAGCGGUGCCUUUGCCUGAGAGUCGGGUCUACUGAUUCUAUAAGGAAAGCUUUUGGAGGCUGUGCAGAUCUGGGGCCGCGUGCAACUUUCAGGUUCUCCCUGUCCAGACUCUCACGUGCAACAUUUUAGGAGCACAGUCUUCUCUACCUUACCCUGUAGACGCGGCUUUUUCUCCUGUAGCAGCUGAGAGAAAGCAGAAUUUAGGCAGAGUCCCUUUUCUGGGCCCUUUGGUCAGAUCCUUCCAGAAGAGAUUUCUACUCAUCAGGACUCCAGGGAGGAAUCCCGGUGUUGGUGUUGGUCCUUUGAGUUCCAGGGCACCCCUGGAGCAACUAGCUCCCUGCCUCUCUGUAGCAAGCUCCAGAGCCUCAAGGAGCGGGAAAAGGGAUUCCCUCCGCGCAGGCUCCUGGUGCAUGCAGUUCCUGGGCACAAAGACCACACCCUCACAGGCCUGGCCUGGCUGGUGAUAACGUUGGCUUCUUCUGAUUUACCUGGAUACCUGAGGUUCCCAGGCAAGGGCAGGAAUAAUGAAGAGAUGCACAUGUUAGCUGCAGCCUUUUGAGCCACACAAGGAGGAAAUCAACGGUGUGGACAGAGCUGGAACCAUUGCCACAGUUGUUGGAGUCAAUGAGGAAUGGACUUGUGAUUAUGCUGACAUUCCAGCAUGAAUCUGGUAGACCUGUGGUUAACCCGUUCUCUCUCCAUGUGUCUCCUUCUACAGAGUUUUGUUCUUAUGAUACUGUGCUUCCAUUCUGCCAGUAUGUGUCCCAAGGGCUGUCUUUGUUCUUCCUCCGGGGGCUUAAAUGUCACCUGUAGCAAUGCAAAUCUCAAGGAAAUACCUAGAGAUCUUCCUCCCGAAACAGUUUUACUGUAUCUGGACUCCAAUCAGAUCACAUCUAUCCCCAAUGAGAUUUUUAAAGACCUGCAUCAACUGAGAGUUCUCAACCUGUCCAAAAACGGCAUCGAGUUUAUUGAUGAGCACGCCUUCAAAGGAGUAGCUGAAACCUUGCAGACUCUGGACUUGUCCGACAACCGGAUUCAAAGCGUGCAUAAAAAUGCCUUCAAUAACCUGAAGGCCAGGGCCAGAAUCGCCAACAACCCCUGGCACUGUGACUGUACUUUGCAGCAGGUUCUGAGGAGCAUGGCGUCCAAUCAUGAGACUGCCCACAAUGUGAUCUGCAAGACCUCCGUGUUGGACGAACACGCCGGAAGACCAUUCCUCAAUGCUGCCAAUGAUGCUGACCUUUGUAACCUCCCUAAAAAAACUACCGAUUAUGCCAUGCUGGUCACCAUGUUUGGCUGGUUCACCAUGGUGAUCUCGUAUGUGGUAUAUUACGUGAGGCAAAAUCAAGAGGAUGCCCGGAGACACCUCGAAUACUUGAAAUCCCUGCCAAGCAGGCAAAAGAAAGCAGACGAACCUGAUGAUAUUAGCACUGUGGUAUAAUGUCCAAACUGACUGGCAUUGAGAAAGAAAGUAGUUGGAGAUUGCAGUAGAAUAAGUGGUUUAAUUCUCCCAUCCAUUGUAAACAUCUAAAACUUUGUAUUUCAGUUUCUUUGAAUUAUGCCACUGUUGAACUUUUAACAAACACUAUGACAUAACAAAUAAUUUUAGUUUAGGUAAUGGAUUCCCUUAAUUGUACCCCUGGUGGUAUAUUCCUGAGUAAGCUACUAUCUGAACAUUAGUUAGACCCAUCUCACUAUUUAAUAACGAAAUUUAUUUUUUUAAUUUAAAACCAAAUAAAAGCUUAACUUUGAACCAUGGAAAACAGAGUGACUUUUUGGUCCAAAAUAAACAAACAAACAAAAGUCCAGUAUAGUCAUUCUACUUGUUUUGAAGAAAAACAGACCACCCUGUAAUCCUAAAGAACCAUCACAAGGAAGGAUGUCUUAUUAAGCCCUACUGUGCACUAGGGAGACAUAGUUGAAUUAUUGACCAACCUGAGUAUCAGAUUUUGAGAUACUGAGUUUUAGCAAACCCAGGUGGUUAUCCAAGUAUGGCAUUCUGCAGGUAUCUUUUGGCAUUUGCCCUUCAAAAUAGGUAUGUAAAUACCUGCUGUGCAUUUACUUGGUACUAGACACAAUGAACAAGAAAAAGAUAUGGCACAUAUUCUGUCCUCGAGAUUACCUUCUGAUGGACA